AUGUCGCGAGCCAGCGGCCUGUCGCGCAUCCGCAUCCUGUGGCCGGACCGAAGUGUCGCGGCCUACAUCAACCCGUGCAAGCUGAGCACGCACUCGAAGCUCGCCCUCAAGGUCGCCGAGGUUUUCGGGAAGGACGACAUCAUUCUCGACGAGAACGGCUGCAGCGAGGACCUGAAGCGCAAGAUCGACGAGGCGUCUCAAUUGCGCCACCGGCUUCAUCCACCCCGCGAAUCCAAACACAGCGCUGCCCGCGCGUGCUCCCUGAUGCAGGUGGUCGGGGUGCCGGGCGGCCUCGACAAGCUCAAGGGCCCCGACGGCGACGCCUUCAAGGCCCAGAUCGUCUACGCCGCGACGCUUGCACGCACAAAAGCGACGUGCGCGAAGAGCGGCGCCUUCAAGGAGUUUGUGUCGGCGACGCUGAACAAGCUCUACAGCGAUGCCAGCGAGGCGCUGGCGGGAGCCAAGGACUUUGUGACGUGCGACGACAUCAAAGUCCCGGUGGCGCGGCUCGCCGCGCUGCAGCAGCGCACAGAGGAGCAGCUCCGGCGCCUAGACGGGGGAGUUGCCGCGCUCGAGGACGGCGCUAAGAAAAUAAAGGAGCGGAGGGAUCUCGCGCUGACAGCCUCUGCCCGCUCCACAAAGCACACGGCGGACGCGGCCGCCGCGAUCAAGGAGGCGCUCGACAGCACGAAGUCGCAGCUGGAGGAUUCCAUCAAGCGCGGCGCCGAGCAGAAGGCCCUGCUGGCCGAGCUCAAGAAGCAGCAGGCCGACUACGAGGCGCGCGAGGUUGCGCGCGCGCACGAGCAGACGGUGGCCGACGCCGAGCGCGACAUGAUGCUCGCGAAGCUCGCGGAGCACGAGCAGCUCCUGGUCGACCACAGCAGCGCGCUCGCCGACAUCACGAGCAUGAAGACGCACGACACGCUGCAGGCGCUGAAGGUGCGGCUCUGCCUGCUACCCUAUGCGCGGCGUGCUCCCUCCGCCGGGCGCCUUGGUGGCCGAGUCAGCGGCAGGGUGGUGCACGAGCACGGCCGGGUGCUCGGCCACGGCUCGCCAACGGACGCGGCGCACGUCCUCGAGGGUUUCGAUCGCGACUCCGCGCUCGACAAGUACUCCGUUCCGGCGACCCCGUCGCAGCGGCAGAGGCUCGCCAAAAUCAUGGCGGAUGCCGGCCGCGUCGGAGGGCGCGAGAUGUGCGACUUUGGCGACGCCGCCGACUCCCCGGCCGUGGCGUUCCCCGUGAGCUUCGUCCCCGAGAUCGAGGUGUGGGGCGCCGCGGAGGAGAGCGAGGCCCCCGGCGGAGGCGCCGAGUGGGCGCAGCCCCCGAGUGGCCCCGACUCGUACUACACCCUCCCGAUCCCGCCGAUGCCCUACGCCCGGCGCGCGGACGAUGACACGGAGCCGCUGCGGAAGCCGCUGAUGGCCGACUGCCGGACGGCGGCCGUCACCAACUUGCUGCGGAGUAUGCCACGAUCACCGCCGAAAACGCCACAGGGCGACCGGUCCUCGUCGCAAGCGUCCUCUGGCCACAGCGCGCUCCAGAUGGUGAAACCCAUCAUAAUCAACGCAGGGGAGGAGGAGGCUGCGCUGCGCAAGCACGGGCGGGAGGGGCUUCUCCUGCGGAGUCGAUUGGUCUUCUCUGCAUGCGGGAACACCCUCGGGCGGCCGGGUGGGGCUGCGGCUGGAGCUAGCAUGGCUCGUGAUUGUGUUUCGGACGGCCCUUCGUUGUGUUCUCCUCCGUCCGCCAGCGAGACUGGCUCAGUCGCUGGCGGCCACAGGCUCCUCUUUGCUUUCUUCUACUCCCUGUGA